UACCCUCCCUGUUGGUCUGUUAUAUUGCAGAUGAAGUGGAAAGGGAAGGACCUGUUUGACUUGGUGUGCCGGACCCUGGGGCUUCGGGAAACUUGGUUCUUUGGACUGCAGUACACGAUCAAGGACACCGUGGCCUGGCUCAAAAUGGACAAGAAGGUGCUGGAUCAUGAUGUUUCAAAGGAAGAGCCAGUCACCUUUCACUUCCUGGCCAAAUUUUACCCUGAGAAUGCCGAGGAGGAGCUGGUUCAGGAGAUCACGCAACAUUUAUUCUUCUUGCAGGUAAAGAAGCAGAUUUUAGAUGAAAAGAUCUACUGCCCUCCCGAGGCUUCUGUGCUCCUGGCUUCUUACGCCGUCCAGGCCAAGUACGGUGACUAUGACCCCUCUGUUCACAAGCGUGGAUUUUUGGCCCAAGAGGAAUUGCUUCCAAAAAGGGUAAUAAAUCUGUAUCAAAUGACUCCAGAAAUGUGGGAGGAGAGAAUUACAGCCUGGUACGCAGAGCACCGGGGCCGAGCCAGGGAUGAAGCUGAAAUGGAAUAUUUGAAGAUAGCUCAGGACCUGGAGAUGUACGGUGUGAACUACUUUGCAAUCCGGAAUAAAAAGGGCACAGAGUUGCUGCUUGGAGUGGAUGCUCUGGGCCUUCACAUCUAUGACCCUGAGAACAGGCUGACCCCCAAGAUCUCCUUCCCGUGGAAUGAAAUCCGAAACAUCUCAUACAGCGACAAGGAGUUUACUAUUAAACCACUGGAUAAGAAAAUCGACGUCUUCAAAUUCAACUCCUCAAAGCUUCGUGUUAAUAAGCUGAUUCUCCAGCUCUGUAUCGGGAACCAUGACCUUUUUAUGAGGAGAAGGAAGGCUGAUUCUUUGGAAGUUCAGCAGAUGAAAGCCCAAGCCAGGGAGGAGAAGGCUAGAAAGCAGAUGGAGCGACAGCGCCUUGCUCGAGAGAAGCAGAUGAGGGAGGAGGCAGAGCGCACGAGGGAUGAGCUGGAGAGGAGGCUGCUGCAGAUGAAAGAAGAAGCGACAAUGGCCAAUGAAGCUCUGAUGCGGUCUGAGGAGACGGCUGACCUGUUGGCAGAAAAGGCCCAAAUCACGGAGGAGGAGGCAAAACUCCUGGCACAGAAGGCCGCAGAGGCUGAACAGGAAAUGCAGCGCAUCAAGGCCACAGCCAUUCGGACAGAGGAAGAGAAGCGCCUGAUGGAGCAGAAGGUGCUGGAGGCCGAGGUGCUGGCGCUGAAGAUGGCGGAGGAGUCAGAGAGGAGGUUAGAGCGGGGAGGCUCUUCCUUUGACAGGUUCGUGGUGAGGACUGGUACUUAA